CAUGUUUAGGUUUUUCAGUCCUGUUGGCACUCCAGUUCAACGCUCCCAGAGUUUUGGGGGCCCUGCACUAACCGCGAAAAGAUACCCCAUAAGGUUUUAAUAUAGCAUGCACUUAGCUGCAGCAUACACGCGUCUGACAAUACCUUACAGACCUUAAUCAUGUACACGGAAGACUGAGCACCGUGGGUCGCGCACGGGUUAGCGUUUCGGUCGGUUUGGUCUCGCGGCUAUCCAUAGCAAAGGCGACUUGCUGUUCGCAGUUAAAUAAAAAAAAUCGCCAUGCAUCAAGAAGUUGAAAAUGCUUACCCUGCUGGGGAUGAAAGUAGUGAAAGUGACGAGGAAUGGGAACUUGGAUAUUCCCGAAAACCAAACUCGGAGAGCUCUAAUACCUCAGUACCCGAAGAUGAUAAAAUUUACACUUUCAAAAAAGCUCUGUCCUCUGGAGAUGUUCAGAUGGUCAAACAGUUGUUGGACAGUGGUGUGGAUGUGGAGUGUCCUCUUGGGUUUCAAUGGACUCCGCUGAUGUGUGCUGUCCACACAGCAAACUAUGAACUGGCACAGGUUCUGUUGGACCGGGGGGCUAAUGCCAACUUUAGUAAAGAUCAGUACACAGUCCUGAUGUCAGCAUGCAUAGCCUCUGCACCAGAAGAGCAGAUUGUCAAGUGUGUGGAAUUACUGCUGUCCAGGAACGCUGAUCCCAAUGCCUUUAACAAGUAUCACAUGACUCCACUGAUGUUUUCUGCCAGGGAUGGGCAUACUCAAGUUAUAGCCUUGCUUAUUUCCUAUGGAGCAGAAAUAAAUACCAAGGAUGUCAAUGGAUAUACUGCACUGACACUUGCAGCACAGUAUGGGAGAGAAGGAGCAGCUCUGAAGUUGCUUGAACUAGGUGCUGACAUAACAGUCAAAACAAGGGAAGGAUAUACAGCAGCAGAUAUUGCGAAAAUGUACAGACAUUCUCAGAUUUCUAGAAUCCUUGCUUCACCUCAUAAUCUCCCUGGGAGCAGGGAGCAUUUAUCCAAAGAGGAGACACUCUUCAAGUUUUUCAAAGGGAAUCCUGACCCAAUAACUCCUUCUAGAGAGAGCUCCUCUAAGCUAGGAGACAUUGAAUUGCUUCUGCACGGCCUAGAUUUGGAAUAUCUCACAGAUAUCAUGUUGGACAAUGACAUAUCAUGGAGCCACCUAUUGACAAUGGAGAAAGAAGACUUGGAAAAGAUUGGAGUCCGAGAUCCUGCCGACCAGAAGAAAGUUCUGACUGCAGUACAGGAGAUGCAGCUGGAUAAGAUAGAAAUAGACAAGUUUGCAGGACUGGAAAACUUCGACAGCAGUGAAGAACUGUACAAUUUCCUCAUCAGUCUACAACAGCAAUGCAUGUACUUGACAGAGACGGUUCAGGAUGUCAUUAACAGGGUACCAAGACAUGUAAGCACGCGAGUCCUAAGCUGGGAUCCGAAAAGGGAAUCACAGUCUCUCUGCGAUAAACUGGUGGCACAGACGAUGGACUUGCAUAAAGAGAUGAUUUGCUUACAUAACCUGCUUGACAAGAUGAAUCAAGCAGAAGACCCUUGUCGCCUUCCCUUGCCUGGUGCAUGCGUCAGCUGGAGAACAAAAACCCUGAAGAGGGUACUGGCCGCCUUGUUUGGAGUUGGGUUGCUUUUUUGUUACACAGUUGCUAAAAAAACAUAGAUCCUUCUGUGUGUGCAUGUUCUGUUAUUCUCCAGCCAGUGCGAUUACAAGGACAGAAAAUCACAUUACAUGAAGCACAAAUGACUAAAAUUGCCAGAGAAUAUCUGUUUCCUCCUCUUUUGACAUUUAAGCCUUUUUUUCUGAAGCGUAUUGUUAAUUGAAUGUGAUAACAUAGUUAUAUGUUAACUGUACAUUGAGUGAUAUAAAAUAAAUUACUGUAGCUUAUCGGGUGGUAUUUUUCUUUUGAUCUGUUUCUCUCAAGCAGUGGUCUGUUCGUGAUGUCUUUUUUUUCUUGAUAAUGUUUGAUUGCUGCAUUUUGCAAGGUUUACCUUGACAGUAUGUAUACACGCGAAUCUUGGGUAUGUAGAUUUAUGAGUGUUAUCAGAUAUCACUUCUGAUUUCUGUUUUUGAGUCAUUUGUAUAAUGGUAUAGAAAGCGAAUGUUCACCUGAUCUGUUCAUUUUGUGCUGAUUUCCAUGUAUGACUGAAGACUUUUGUUGUGCUAAUGCACUUUGCAGAAUUUAAAAAUGAUUUAAUUAGUGUGAGCAAGUUUAGGAAUGGUUUCUGCCGUCAUUGUUAAUGCUUUUUUUUAAACCACAGUUUUAGAUUUACAAUAUUAAAUUUAUGGGGAAACCUGCAGUGUAAAUUAAUUUGACUUAUUACUGGAGUUAUAGAUCAAACAGUGCAUUUAUAUGGUAAAGUUCACUGUUGUAAUUCUGUCCUUAUACUGUAUGUUUAUUAAGCCAUUGGUGUAGACUGUACUAAUGGUAACCCUGUAGUGAUUCCUUAAAUAAACAUAAAAUCUGGCUUAACAAACCUGGCAGUAUUUCUGGACCUAUUUUUCUCCAGAAAUGCUGAGCAUAUCCAUACCUUUUUUUUCUCUCAUGUAAAAAAGGAUAUUUGCUGUGAUUGUGUGCUUUCAUUACAACUUGAACUUGUAGCUGUAAAAAUAAAAUUCUGUCUUCUCUUUAAACCUCUUAAUUUACAAAAAAUGGCACAGUUAGCCUGAGUCAGUAUUGCCAGUACUAGCUAGAGGCAUAAUCCUGGGCAAAUGAGCCACAAGUGCUACAGACCAAAUCAGAACAAAUUGGCAACAAUACCAACCAUAUAACCCAAACUAUACUUGCUUAAAUUUAGUUCGGUAGACACUGUCCUGUUUUUUUGCAGUUUUUGCUGAAAUAAAGAGACUUUCAACUUAGUUCAUGCCUUUUUAACAAAUUUCUUUUGUUAGGCAGAAUUUGUAAACAAAAAUUACAAAAAUUAGUUCUGUAAGUAUGUUAUUUUUAUUUUACAGUUAGAAUUCCUAUUUUAUAGACUUUGAAAUAUAUGACCACUGUGCUACUAUAUGUAACAGUUGUCCACGAAUAGCAUCCUUUUAACUUCUUGCAGUUUAAGAUAUAAGAUUAAACUACCGUAUAUUCAGUUUCUCACUUCCAGCUGUCAUUUUGUUAACCCUUAAAGUAGUUCUAGGCAAAGCAUUGCUUGGAAAUGCAAUAAAUGUAAAACCAUUCAAAAAUGUGUGUGGAAUUGUCUUUCAUUAAAUUGUGUAUAUGCUGAUUGUUUCAGCUUUUGAGAAGCUAAGGAUAGGGGAUUCCAAUUUGACUGUUAAUCUUCUUCAUCUCCUCGGCUGACAAGACCCCCAGAUACAAAGAAAUCGUUCAGAUUAAAUCGGUUACGUAAACUGGAGAUCAAAGACUGCGGAAACGCGGUGUGACAAUUCCACAGAUCGCAAAAAGUUCAAAAGAAUGUUAUAAUCCAGUUUAAGUGCGCACAUCACUAAUAAAGUAUACUUUUU